UUUGGAUUUAUUUCUAUGCUAGCCAAAUGGAAAAAUUUCAAUUUAAUUACUUUUAUUUAAUUCACAUCGCAUGCUAGGUUUCAAGAUAUUCCAAAAAAAUAAUCCUUCCUUUGCUUCUUACUUUUUUGUUUUGUGAUUACCUUUAAGCAUACUCCUCUUGGCCGGUGAAUUCAAGGUUAAAAUAUAUUUAACCUAUUUUUUCCAUUCGUCUAUCGUAUUUUCAGUUUUGCAUUCUCCCGAUAAUAGUAGAACCAAAUUUGAUAAACAAGAUUUCUUUUUGUAAGUGUUCAAUAGGUCAAAUUUAAUUAUAGUUUCAACGUCUAUAUUAUUAAAUAGAGAAGUAAAGUUCUCUGUACUCAUUUUAAAAGUUUAUGUAAUAUGACUGAAAGAAUCAACAUAGAUGAGCCGUUAUGGGACCUAAACACAUUCACAGGACGUUUUAAACAUUUCUUGUGGGUUACAGACCCCAGAACAUGUAUAGAAAGUGAAGAAACUUUGGAUAAAGCAAAAGUACUUGUAGAACAGUACAGAAAGCGGCAAGAACCACCAGGAACUACAACUGAACAAAUUAUUUAUGCGAAAAAAUUGUACGAAAGUGCUUUCCAUCCAGAUACUGGUGAAAAACAAAAUGUAUUUGGUAGAAUGUCUUUUCAAGUUCCAGGUGGAAUGGCUAUUACAGGAGCUAUGUUACAAUGGUAUAGAACACCAUUUGCAGUAGUUUUCUGGCAAUGGAUAAACCAGUCUUUCAAUGCACUAGUAAAUUACACAAACAGGAAUGCCAAAUCACCCACUACCACUACACAACUUGUAGUUGCUUAUGCUUCGGCUACAUCAUCAGCAAUGAUCACUGCCUUAGGAUGUAAACAAUAUUGGGGUAAACGCGCCUCUCCUUUCAUCCAGAGAUACGUACCAUUCGCAGCUGUAGCAGCUGCCAACUGCGUAAAUAUUCCACUAAUGAGGCAAAAUGAAAUAAUUUAUGGUAUUGACUGUUGUGACGAGAACGGCAAAAUUGUUGGUCAGUCUAAAGUAGCAGCUGUAAAAGGAAUUUCACAAGUAGUUUUCUCUAGGAUAGUCAUGUGCGCCCCAGGAAUGUGUAUACUACCAAUUAUCAUGGAACGAGCAGAGAAAUAUAAGUUUAUGCAGAGGAUCACAUAUUUGCACGGUCCCAUCCAAGUUAUUGGAGUAGGAUGUUUCCUCACUUUCAUGGUUCCACUAGCAUGUGCUUUGUUCCCACAAAAAUGCUCUAUCAAGACAUCCACUAUACUUUGGUUGGAACCAGAACAAUAUGAGAAAAUGAAGAAGAACUGCGAAGAUAAAGUUCCAGAUGUGGUAUAUUUCAACAAGGGACUUUAAUGUAAAAGUCUAUUGAGAUUAUGAUGACGAGUCUUAUAAAUAGAAAGAUACAUUAAUUUCUUUAAUAAUCACUACAUAAAGUGAUAGUGAUUAUUAACAAGAAAUUAGAUGGAAAACAUUAACGUUGUAUACGUUUGAUUAGUAUUUUGUUUGCACUUAGUAAAAUAGAUAGCGAGGGAACUUCUGCUGAUUUACAGGAUGUUUUUAAAUUCAGAAGGUGAUUUCCUUUACCUACUUCCGUCCAAAAUAUCAAUCCUAGGUGUUGAAUGAAAUGAAAAUUUACAAAUUUUUAUAUUUUUUUAAUAUCCAUAUUUAAAAGCUAGAUUUUCUGGAACCGUUGUGAUAUUUAUACUGAAUAACCAAUUAUUUAUUACUGCUACUUCACCAACAUUUACAAUUAUACUGUUGGACAUGCGUUUCGAUAACCAAAUUAUCGUCUUUAGAAACCAAAGGUGAAGUGAAGUGUGGUAACUGGAAUUUACUUAUUAUCGAAAUGUGGAUCACACAGUAAUUGUGAGUAUUGGCAGUAGUGAAUACAGUGUUCAGGGCUCCUGUUAUAUAACAUAAAGGGGUGAAUUUGAAUCCAUUUUCUUAUUUGACAUCAAGUUUUCUUGUAAAUUUAGUUUUGUACAAAACUAAUUUAUUUAAAAUAAACUGUACGUAAGAUCUGCGAAUCGAAUUUUUAUAUAUGGCUCGAUAGUAAUUUCAUUAUUAUAUUGACUCUGCAGAUACAGUAUAAGAGGGUUUUCAGUAUUGUUCUUUUACUUAAAAACAUACGCAAAUUCACCAAAAUUAGAUAUUUUCGGAUUUGAAAUAAAACUAAUAGAUUUUUAUUCAUUAAAAUCAACUACAAAGACACUAAAGCGAUUCUGUUUCUUCCAAAGUAAAAAUUUAGGAUUAUGGAAUGUUUUGAAAUAAUCAAGGAUUUUAAGUAAUAUUUUUUUACCCCCUUAUAAUGUAGCAGGAAUAUUAAAAAAAUAUUGUUGGUUAUUCUUUUGCAAAUAAAGGAUAUUUAUAAAAAGUUUUUAGCAUUGCUCGAAUUUGAGGAAAACAUAAGGACUUGAUUUUACUUACCACCUUUUUGAAUUGAUAACUGGGAAGAGGAAAGGCUGAAGAAAAUCUCUUAUAGCUAAGGUCAUAUUUUCAUAACCUGAAUUUUUUGCAUGAAUUGAAAAACUCCAAUAUCAGUAAAUUGUAAUUUUGAUUAUAAUUUAUUUUUAAAAGUUAUUUCAUACAAUGUUCAUGGAUAAGUGGCUUUCUUGAUGGUUUUUCACAAUAACUUACAUUUUUACAUUGGUGUUUUUUUUAAAUUUUCAACAAUUUUUUGAACAAAAAAUCAAGCAGCCUGGAAGUCAUUUAUCAUUUAUAAGUAAUAAUAUGCAAUACUUUUUAUUUACCUUUGUUGAAUUUUACAAAAAAUAAAAUUUUUACAAACUA